UUAUCAGAACCACACGUCGGAAAGGCUUCAGUUGCUCGAAUUUGGGGCAACCUUCAGGCCAAGGUCACACAGCUAUGACGUUGAGCUUUAUUUGGCAGCAUGUUUAGCCCGCUAAUUAGUUGCUAAGCCUCUCCGAUCGAACGAGGUCAGGACGAGAAGACAAACGCGAGAGAUCAGAUCAGAGCCGGCAGCAAGGGUCGAGUAACUCUGGACGCAGUCCUUUUCUCACUUUGGGGAGGGGAGAACAAAUGAAGCAUGCCGAAGGCAGGAGAGAGAACUUCAUCGACGAUUUCAGCAGAUUCCACAUCCACAGAUGGUGGAGCGGCCUCGUCUCAAGCGUCUCCAUCGGGCUCGGCGUCCGAGACACCAAAGAAGUCGUCCAAAAAAUUUAAGAAACACAACGACAGCAUGAACAAAGUCUACAAUUCUGUGCUGAACAGUGUGUUCGGGGCUGAGAGAGAAUUGGCACAAGGUGAAUUAGACGAGCUACAAGAAGCCUUCAAGGAGUUUGACUACGACCAGGACGGCUACCUGAACUACAAAGAUGUGGCUGAGUGCAUGAGGACCAUGGGAUACAUGCCCACCGAGAUGGAACUGCUGGAGAUUGUGCAGCAGAUCAAAAUGAGAAUGGGCGGGCUCAUGGACUUUGAAGACUUUACCGAACUGAUGGGACCCAGAAUGAUGGGCGAGACGGCACACAUGCUCGGACUCAAAGAGCUCCAGUCGGCAUUCUUGCAGUUUGACCUGGACGGCGAUGGCAAGAUCACGCAGGACGAGAUGAGGGAGGCGGCCAAAAGCCUGCUGGGGGAGAAGCUCAAGAAAGGAGAGCUGGAAGACAUCCUGAAGGAAUUGGACAUCAACGCAGAUGGAAAUAUUGACUUUGAAGAGUUUGUGAUGAUGCUCUCCAUCCGCUAAGAGACACCCGCACAGAAUCCAACCCCUCAACAGCAAUACUUGAUCAACUGUGUGGAGUGCAACAUACACGAUAUCGUGUGACGACCGAAGGAACACCGAACACUUGAAGCGACGUGUAAAGAAGCUUUUUGCUGUUUUAAUUAAAAAAAAUUGAAACUUUUUGUUCACCCCACGGGGGACAUGAAAUAAACACUGAAGAAUGUG